UUGCAGAAGCAACUGCCCACGUGACAGAACCCGGAAAUGAAAAUAGCAGCCAGACGCAGAGGUUUUCUUCACUGAAAGCACCGGUUGAUACAACUUCCCCGGGAGUACAGUUAGAGUUUGUUUGUUUUAAACACUGGACGGGACAGUAUGAGCACGGAAAGUAUGACAAGAUUACAAACUGCGACUAAAGAGAAACUCAGGAGAUUUAACUCCCUGCGCGGUCGGGAGGUUCAGCCCGGGGAGUUUUGGGAUGCUGUGGUUUUGACAGCAGUAGAUGAAAGUCAGAGAGAGGCCUAUGAGCUGCAGAUCUCUGAGAAAGUUCACAGAAAAGAGCUUCCCCUUGGUAUUCACUUCAAAGUUUUCUCUGAUCCACCUGGAUCUAAAAUAGGUAAUGGGGGCUCCACUCUGUACGCUCUGCAGCAGCUGAAUGAAGUGUAUGGAAAGGCUCUGGGCACGUUGAGAAUAAUCCUGAUUCAUGCAGGUGGGUGGAGUCAGCGUUUGCCCAGUGCCAGCGCCCUGGGGAAGAUCUUCACUGCCUUACCCCUGGGUGACCCUCUCUACCAGAUGCUGGAGCUCAAGCUGGCCAUCUAUGUGGAUUUCCCUCCACAUAUGACUCCAGGUGUGCUCGUGACCUGUGCAGAUGACAUCGAGCUCUACAGUGUUUCAGAAGACGAGAGUGUUACAUUUGACAAACCUGGCUUUACUGCUCUAGCCCACCCCUCCCCGCUGUCUGUCGGCACUACACAUGGAGUAUUUGUGUGUCAUGCACAGGAAAAGUCUUGUGAUCACUCUGAAAUGGAGAGCACCUCUUGCCUAAACUUUCUGCACAAACCAAGCAUCCAGAAGAUGCAAGAGAGCGGAGCUGUUCGUAAAAGGCAGGGCGGUUGUUUUUCUCUUACUGACGCAGAGUUUGUGUACACAGACAGCACGUACUAUAUCAACUCUGACACGACAAAAGCUUUUCUUAAUCUGUUGACAGAGCUGGGGCCUCUAGAGUGUGAGAUCGAUGCAUACGGGGACUUUCUCCAAGCUCUGGGCCCUAAAGCCACCAUAGAUUACACCAAAAACACUGCAAAUGUUAGCAAAGAGGAGAGCAGUCUGGUGGAAGUCCGCCAAAAGAUCUUCCAUCAUUUAAAAGGGACUCCUUUGAAUGUAAUUCUGCUUAACAACUCCAAGUUUUACCACAUUGGAACCACAUCCGAGUACCUCUUUCACCUCACAGAGGAUGUGGCGCUGAGGAGAGAGCUGGGUCUGCUGACUUCUGCCUUCAGCCUUCACACAAAUGAGAACUCUGAUGGCUGCGUCAUGUACAGCGUCCUCCAUCCCAGCUGCUCUGUGGGAGCUGGGUCAGUGGUGGAGUACUCUAGACUGGAAGCAGGAGUUUCCGUUGGUAGGGGCUCCAUCAUCAGCAGCUGCUGUGUCAGUGCAGGCCUCUCAGUGCCUGAUGGAGUCUUUCUGCACUCAGUGUGUGUGAAUCAUAAGCAUCAAACAAGGUAUGUGACUGUCGUCUUUGGGAUCAAUGAUGACUUGAAGCGCAGCGUGGAAUCUCCUGCUCAUAUGAAAGGGUUGAAGCUUUUUGGAUUCACUCUGACGGAGUGUUUGUCCUGCUGGGGGCUGAACAAUGAAGCACUGAGGUUUUCAGGGGAUCCAGCGAGCUGUAGUCUUUGGAACUCUUGCUUAUUUCCUGUUUGCUCAGAUCAGCAAAGCUCAUGUUUGAUGUCUGUGGAGAUGCUGCAGGCCGUCUUGUGCGGCUCCAAAUUCACCUUACCAAAAGAUACAAAGCUGAUGUCCAUGAAGGAGUCUUUACAGAGUAAGAACCUGGAGGAGAUGCUGAAGUUCAGGAGGGGACUUUAUGAUGACAUCACACAGAUAAGAUCGAACAAUUGAAGUAUUUUACACCUCAAUCAUGUGAGGGGUUUAUACUUGAAAUAAUUGGAAUAUUGAAUGAUUAUUUAUUGAUCAGAAGGUUUCUUUUCUAAAUAAGUGUAUUAUUUCAUUAAAAAAGUAUUAUUACAAUCACAGGCAAUAAAAUGGAUGUAUUAUCAUGAUUGAGAUUAUCUACAUGUUCAGAGCCAUGGAUAAAAAAAAUUGAAACCAAAAGUAGACUCUUUAUUAAAAAUGACUCAUGGACAAGGUAUUUUUUGUCAGUUUUAAGGGGGAGUGAUAGAAAUUGAGCUGUAACACAACAUCUAGAGAGAGAGCAUGUUAAAAGAAAAAAUGAACAGGAAUAAAUGUGAUUAAAAAUACAA